AUGUCAACUGCCGAUAUUCAGCAGCCUCCUACGAUUACCAAUGAGAUCCCAGCUUCUCUUUCAAUGCCAGAGGAAAGCGAGCUUGGCCCAAUGAAUGAUGCAAGCAAAGAAGAAAGUGUUACAGCGAUGAAAGAGGGGGGCCAAUUCCCCCAGAAAGAGCUUUUAAAGCAACAUUCAAACGACCUUCAGCGGGUCAAAGAAGUGGGCUUUGACCAUACCACUGAGCGAAGCACAACUCAUGAUUGCGAUCCCGCCAUCAACUCAUCCAAAAGACCUUCUUUUUCUCGCUUCCUAAGAAGAGGAAUUCAUCACUCAGGCAACUUCAGCAAGCAUGGUAGCCUAGACUCGCCAGUGACUAGUGUUCAAAAUGCAUUGAAUGAGAAGACGAGCCAACUGAGUGAGGAGUUUAGUCACGGAGCAGAGGUUCCCUUAUCUGAAUCGUCGCCUGGGGUUCCUGGGGCCACGAAUGAAUCCAUUUUGCGAAAACACAACCAGCUCAACCUAGAAACAAUAAUCUGGGAUUAUUCUUCUCGAGACCGAACAAAUAUGGAAAGAUCUACCCUAUUUGAUCUAGAUGGCAUGAUUUCACGAUUACUACACGUGGGAAAAUCGAGGCCUGAGAAAAGGCUAUGUCUCAACAAUGAUGAAAUCUUGUCCAUUUGCUCGGCCGCCCGCAAUCUGCUCCUUUCCCAGCCUGUUCUCCUAGAGCUGAAUGCUCCAAUUCACAUCAUCGGGGACAUCCACGGUCAAUUUACGGAUCUUCUUCGAUUUUUUGAGAUGUCCGGAUUUCCUCCUGCCUCAAACUAUCUGUUUCUAGGAGACUACGUUGACCGCGGUAAGCAAAGCUUGGAAACAAUACUUCUGCUUCUGUGCUACAAGCUCAAAUACCCGGAAACCUUUUUUCUACUCCGUGGUAACCAUGAGUGUGCUAAUGUCUCUCGAAUCUACGGGUUCUAUGACGAGUGCAAGCGAAGAUGCAAUGUCAAGAUCUGGAAAACAUUUACAGAUGUUUUCAAUUGUCUUCCAGUCGCUGCGGUUAUCGCAGAAAGGAUCUUCUGUGUGCAUGGCGGCCUUUCCCCAAACCUUUACGAUAUGAAUGAUAUCCGAAACCUCGUUCGUCCCACUGAAGUGCCUGAUCGGGGUCUUCUGAAUGAUCUUUUAUGGAGCGAUCCCGCAAAUAUUAAAGACUGGGGACCUAAUGAUGACCGAGGUGUGAGCUGGUCCUUUGGAAGGAAGGUUGUUGCGAAUUUCCUAAAGCGCCACGAUUUAGACCUAGUCUGUCGGGCGCAUAUGGUGGUGGAAGGGGGAUAUGAAUUCUUUGGGGAGCGUAAUCUCGUUACGGUCUUUUCUGCACCAAAUUACUGUGGCAAGUUUGACAACUUGGGAGCUAGCAUGGAAGUUUCUGGCGACCUUGUUUGCAAUUUUAACGCUUUCGGGUCUAGCAAGCAAAUUGUCGAGGAUCAUCUGUCUGGUGCUACGGCUUUCAAUCCCUUGAUGCUCGAGGGUGCUAUCAGCAGCAUUUCGGUCAACUUUGCCAAUGAGCAGAUGACUGCUGCUAGUGGGCGCAAGGCAGUUUCAUUGGCCAAGUCUGACCACAAGGAGAAGAUGCUUAAGAAUGUGCGCGCUAUCACCGUUGACCAGAUUAAGGGUGCUCUGCGUGAUAUUCUUUUGCCGAUGUUUGCUCCCAAGACGGCGAACCUUGUCGUCACCUGUGCGACUGUGUUGGAAGAUGCUAUCAAGCAAGGCUUCGAAGCAUCUGGCUUCACUCCUACCGUCCAGCCUCUCAAGGAGUUUGAAGAUGACUAUGGUCUCAAGGCCGGCGAUCAGGAUGAGGACGAGGAUUAA